AUGCUAGAACUAAAGGCAAAGCAUACGUUAACCAUAAAGAAAACAAUGUACAAGCCAAAAUACCCGGAUUGUUUUGCGAACAGUAAGAACCAGCAGGACCUCUUCAUCCAAGGACUCAAAGAUGUUCAUUCUAUCAAGCGACGCCGCCCAAGAAAGGACUCUCCUAGUUUGAACCCAGCAAGUUUCAAGUACCACGUAAUGCUCGGCAGUACACGAGUUGAAGUAUGUCCGAAAGCUUUCACGUCUGUGAUGGAUAUUACUACAAAGCGAGUAAGGAGAGUAAGGGAACUAAAGCAAGAAGGGAAAACUCCACAAGACAAAAGAGGAAGAUUUGUUAGUUAUAGCCUUCCUCUUGAUGUUAAAAUGAAGGUCCGAGAGCACAUUAACUCAUUUCCACUAAAAGAAUCGCACUACUCUGGGCACAAGAUUUCUUACCUGAGCUCUGACCUGAAUUUAAAGACAAUGCAUAAGUUGUACCUUGAAAAAUAUCCUGAUAAGAAAGUCAGCUAUUCUUCGUAUCGAUCUUUCUUUGCAGAGAAUUUCAAUUAUAGAUUUGGAAGGCCCCAAGUUGACAUAUGUUGCACCUGUGAACAACUCAACUUUAGAAUGAAGUCACCCCAUUUGAAUGAAGUUGCUAAACGCACUGCAGUGGCUAAACUGAUAGUCCAUAAGCGCAAAAGUAGAACAUUUUAUUCAGCCUUGAAACACGAAGCUUCAGAUGAUUGUAAGGAAGAAGAUAACGUUUUAUCUUUGGCUUUUGAUUACAUGCAAAAUAUUUCUCUACCCAAAGUCCCUGUGCAAGAACUUUUUUAUCUUCGCCAAUUAACUGUAAACGUCUUUGCCAUCUCUAAUAUCAAGGCUAAAACCAGUUUUUUGUACGUAUAUCAUGAAGGCGAAGGGAGGAAAGGUCCUGACGAAGUAUGCUCGUUUUUGCAUGACUAUUUGAAGCAGAUCCCAGAGAAGAUUACAGAACUUCGUCUCUUCUCUGACAACUGUUCAGCCCAGAAUAAAAAUCAGGCUCUUAUGAGAGAUAGUAUUAAUGGUCUUCAAGAAAGAAUAAUUAUAUUAUAUUUACAAGAUGUCAAAUUAGAAUAA